CACGCAUAAAACCAUAUCAUCCUCGCUCUCACAAACGAUUUAACCGGCCGUAUUUUACGCGGAAAUACAAAUUACAAUGCAAUGUAGUCUAGUCGUCCACUGCCGGCCGGUCAACAAAUUAUUUGUUCCUCCUUUAUGCGCUUGAGUACACACUUUGUACUUUUUAUUGUCAAUGAGUUUAAUAACAAAGCUCAUAAAUAACUCGCAAGCACAGCACAAUGUCUAAACUUCUGAAAUGUCUCCGACACCUCAGUAGAUUGAAUUUAACAGAGGCUUCAAGUUCAACCCUCACAACAUCAGUUAAUCAUGAUGCAAAGCCGUCAUGGAGUAUCACGCGGUGCUACUUAAGGACCUCGUCACAGUCCACUGCAAUUUGGAAACCUCAAGGACUUGGACCAUCAACAAAUUUGAGUUCUCCUAGUAACAGAGGACAAGCGACAACUUUCAAUAGAUCAAGAUUUGGGUUAUGCUCUCAUGACUUUGGUGGUUUUCCACUUGCAAGCACGGCUUGUUUUCACACCUCCAGCCAUCAGAAUGGCAGGGUAUCCAACUUCUUGACGAGACAUCGACAGGGUCUUGGGGAAGCACCUCUCCCUGCGCUGAUGCUUGGUCUGUCUGGGUUGAUACCCUUCGUUGCUCCCGCUGUUUACACCGCUGCAACUGUCACAGUCACUCUAAACAUCCUGUGGGCCCAAGCGGCUUAUGGAGCCUCCAUCCUAUCGUUUUUAGGAGGUGUAAGAUGGGGCUUUGCCUUGACAGAAAAGGAAGGCGUUGGACCAACGUGGUCCAUGCUGGGGUACAGCGUUAUGCCGUCCCUCGUUGCGUGGUUAGGCUUACUGAUGCCUCUCCAGGCCAGCCAGAUUUGCAUCAUGAGCGGUCUGCUGCUGGCCUGGGCAGCAGACAUAAGCGUCAAGGCCUACCCUGCGUGGUUCAGAUCUCUGAGACUCAUCCUUUCUCUGUUUGCCCUCCUGUCCCUCGGAGUGUCGUAUGGGUUCUGUUUGAUCUACGAGCCCACAUCGGAGAAAUAUGGGUCUAAUGUUGUGAAACUCAUCAAAAUUGUCAAAAUUAUCUUGGAGGAUUAAGUCAUUGAAGAAUAUGAAUAGUGCUUGACAAUUUGGGGGGAAUGUUUGGAAAGUUACAUGCAUCUAACUGCUGGCUAGGGGAUUGUUCAUUUGUUACUGGUUGGGGAGGCAUUUAUGGACAGAGAUUAUCUUUAUUAGUUAUUUUUACUUUAAAAAGUUUGCUUCCAUCUAUCCAUUAAAGUUGGAGUUGCUGAACUUAGUACAAUUUAAAAAGUAGAUGAUCCAAGUUUAACAUUAUUUGAUGCGAUCAAGCUAAAUGAGUCGUUUGUCGACCCCGGUCAAAAUUUG